AUGAACGACGCACGUGUUGUGUGCAGGCAACUUGGAUGUGGAAAUCCUCUCUCAGCACCACGAAAUGCUCAUUUUGGCAAGGGCUCAGGUGAUAUACAUCUGGAUGAUGUGGACUGCACUGGGAAUGAAUUCAACUUAGAUCAGUGCUCCCAUCGAGGCUGGGGAAUGCACAACUGUAUCCAUGAUGAAGAUGCCAGUGUUAUCUGCUCAGGAACAACGACAGCAUUCAUGGAACUGGAAACUCUUGUUCCUGAAUCAACUACAUCAUACACAGAACUGGAAACUCAUUACUCUGCCUCAACAGAACCAGCGCCUUCUUGUGGAGGAGUUCUUACAGGUUCAUAUGGGACAUUUCAAAGUCCAUUUUAUCCUGAGAACUACCCAAACUACGCCAAUUGUAUAUGGGAAAUAGAAGUUGGAAGUAAUUCACGUAUAGUACUUACACUUAACCCUUUUUCAUUAGAAGCAUGUAAUCGAUGCGUUUGUGAUUAUGUUGAGAUCUUCAAUGGACAACCCUCUGGCUCUCACUUACUUGGGAAGAUUUGUUCUGGUUCCUAUCACACCUAUACAUCAAAUUCCAGUGUGAUGACAGUUAAAUUUUAUUCUGAUGGAAGUGUUACAAGAAGAGGAUUUCAGGCAAACUAUUACAGCAUUCCUGCAGAUGAGUAUACAAGCAUUCCGUGUGGUGGCAUCCUGUCAGCUCCAUCUGGUGACUUCUCUAGCCCAUAUUACCCUGGGAAUGAUGUCAGCAUGGAGUGCAUCUGGGAAAUUCAAGCACCCUAUUAUGAGCACAUAAUUCUGAAUUUCAAUGUUUACUACUACCUUAACUGCCUUAGUGACUAUAUUGAAAUCUAUGAUGGUCCCUUUGGUUCGUCAAGACGACUUGAAAGAAUUUGCUCUUAUACCUAUCAGAGCUAUACCUCAACUUCAAAUACAAUGACUGUUGUGUUACACAGACAUUCCUAUCAAUCAGGAAAUUCAUUCUAUGCCUAUUACUAUUUCACGUCACAAGCUGCUGAAGCAACUCUUGAAGCAACAACUGCUGCUGAAACAACUGAAGCAACAACUGCUCCUGAAACAACUUUUGAAAGUUCAACACUUGACAGCAGUCAAUGCGGUGGCAACCUUUCAUCUCUGUAUGGAUCCAUCAGUGGGCCAUAUUAUCCUGGAAACAAUGUCAGUGUGCAGUGUGUUUGGGAAAUUCAAGUGAAUUCCUAUUAUCACAUCGUUCUCCAGUUUCAUUAUAUUAGUCUGGACUGCAAUAAAGAAUAUAUUGAAAUCUUUGAUGGACGUCUAUAUUCAUCACGAUUGCUUGGAAGAACUUGCUCCGAUAUCUAUCUCGACUAUACAUACACAUCAACUUCCAACACAAUGACUAUUGUGCUGCACAGAGAUUCAGAUUACUCAGGAAAUGGGUUUUAUGCUUCCUACUAUUCUACAGAACAAAAUCUGACAACUUCCAGUACAGCAACACCACAAGCAACUACGACGGAACCACCUGGAGUCACUCCCAUACGACUGGUCAAUGGAAGAAACAGUUGCCAAGGUCUCCUUGAGGUAUAUCAUGAUGGCACCUGGGGAACAGUCUGUGAUGAUUCUUGGGACAUAAACGAUGCACAAGUUGUGUGCAGACAGCUUGGCUGUGGGCUGGCCCUCUCAGCACCAGGAAAUGCCAAUUUUGGUCAAGGUUCAGGAAGAAUUCUUCUGGAUGAUGUGAACUGCAGAGGGGAUGAAUCUUCCAUUGGGCAGUGUUCCCACAGAGGAUGGGGGGUUCACAACUGCAACCAUAAUGAAGAUGCUGGAGUAAUUUGCUCAGCUCCUUUGCGCCUGGUUAACGGGCGCAACAGAUGUGAAGGCCGCCUUGAGGUGUACCAUGAUAGCAGCUGGGGAACGGUCUGUGAUGACAGUUGGGACAUAAGUGAUGCCAAGGUAGUCUGCAGAGAACUUGGAUGUGGAGCUGCGCUGUCGGCACCAGGAAGUGCAAGGUUUGGUCAAGGCUCAGGAAAUAUCGUCCUGGAUGAUGUACAGUGCAGGGGAAAUGAAUCUUCCCUAUCUCACUGCCUUCACUCACCCUGGGGAACCCACAACUGUGGCCAUCACGAAGAUGCAGGUGUCAUCUGUCACUCAGCAGCUCCUGAAUCAAAUUCAGCACCAGUUUCUUCAUGGACGACUCCAGAAACGCCAUCUUCAGCUCCUGAAUCAAAUUCAGCACCAGUUUCUUCAUGGACAGCUCCUGAAUCAAAUUCAGCACCAGUUUCUUCAUGGAGACUCUCAUGUUCUGGAGAAUACAUGUAUGCACGCAUCAGCAGAAGCUAUCUCUGGUUACUGGGCUACAAUGCUUGGGAUCUGUAUCUGAAUUCUUCAGACUCUUUCUGUAGACCUCGGAUUACAGAAGAUGAUGUUGUUUUCAAUAUACCAUUCAGUGGUUGUGGCACAAUAAGGCAGAAGAAUAACAACACUAUAGUCUAUUCCAACAUAAUCAAGACAUCAGACUCUGGAUAUAUCAUUACAAGACAGAGAAACUUUCAGUUUCAUAUCACAUGUGAAAUGAAUGAGGACACCGUUGUAGAGACAAAGUUUGUUGCCCAAAAUGCCAUUGACAUCACAGAAAAACAGCAUGGCAAUUACAGUGUGGAUCUUUCAUUCUACUAUUCAUCAAGGUUCUACUCUGCAGUUCAUGAAAGUCCAUACUACAUUUCAAUCAAUCAGGAUUUAUACCUGCAAGCUACUCUCAACAGUUCUGAUCCAAACCUGGUACUGUUUACAGACACAUGUGUAGCAUCUCCAUAUGCUGGCGACUUCAAAACUUUGACCUAUGACUUAAUCAGGGAUGGAUGUGUUCGAGAUCCUACCUAUAAAAAACUGUAUUCACCAAUGUCUAACACAGUUCGUCUUACAUUCAAAAGUUUUAAGUUUCUUCUUGAACACAAUCAGGUCUACUUGCAAUGCGAAAUGGUAGUAUGUAGAGCAAAUGAUUUCACAUCCCGAUGCAACCAGGGAUGUUCCAGUAGAAAAAAGAGGGAUGUAGGUGAACACCAGGACAAGGUGGAUGUUGUGCUGGGACCCAUCAAGCUUCAGAAAGAAGCCAAUGAAGACAGAAAGCAGGAGCUGGUUAAAAGUGAAAGUCUGGAAAAGGGUGAGGCUCUCAGCCCACUGACUGUUGCCACUGUGCUAUUGGCAGCCAUGGUCUUUGUUCUCUCUGGCUUUCUUCUGAGAAGUAAACUGAGAAGAAAAAAUUACCACCAAAUAUACUAAGCCCAACAUAUACACCAAUAUAUCUGGGAUGUGGAAUUUCAUUAAGCAUAUCCUGUGCAAAAUCCCAAAAGGCAUCUGUAGUAUGUAUUUCUGAAAGUGAUUGGUUUCUUCUGAGAAAGUCAUUUAAAAUGCACUCCAUCAAUAGACAGGCAUGAUCACUAGUAGCCACAAGUCAGUUAAGUCUAAGUCCAGGGAUUAAUUGAAGACAAUUAAUUCUGAAAGCUAAAUUAGUUCUAGCUAAAUUAGUUCAUCAGCUUGGGUUUAAUGUCAUUAUAAAGUGGCUUUCCUUUUGUUAAAGAACGUUUGCUUCUAUCCUGUA